AUGCUACGAAUGCCGUGUGUUCGGUACACGAAGGACGCAGUACACGUGUUAGGCGUGAAAGGACCGUCUGCAUCGGCCACGGUUUACACAAUAAGCGAUGGAGGAGUAAAGGGGCACAACGAUCGUUCGGUGGCAGCUGACGAAUUCUGCAUACACCAGGAUAGCGACAUCACGUUGACCCUGUUCCGAGAAGAGAACAAUUAUGACCGGAGCGUGGCUAAUAACGGGCUUAAACUGAAUGACCAGCUCAGUGCAGAGUUGAACGGUAGCGUGGUGAAGAUGGUGCUUCAGGGUGUGAAGGUGCAGCACAACAUGGAGAAUGGCGACACAUUCGUGCAUUACAACGGUAAAAUCAUCUCGUUCUAUCCGUCUACCGAUUCGGUGCUCCUGCACUCUUCCUGGAUAAGCGCACACGUCGGCUAUCGAACUGGCCGUGUACGACGCGGGCGACAGAUUGUCGAAAUUCGCGGUGAAAGGAUGAAAAUAAUCCACAACAAUACGCACGCUGAUUUCGUCCUUCCGUACAGUAAAAGCUAG